UUUCAUUGGAUGGCAGGUAAUCAGAGAGAGAAACUGUGGAGCCCCUCCACAUGCACCGAGGUGACAGCUGAAACCUGCAAAACCCGGGACAGCCAUCAUCCUUCUGCUUUAAGAUGCCCUCCCCCGGACCAGGAACAGUAUGGCCCAAUCGCCCUCUUUUCCCAGUCACCUGAUUCAUGUACUGCCAUUUUACGCACACAAGUUUGACUGACAAAAAAAAGAAAAAAAAGAAAAAAAAUCAGGAAUUGGCCUAUCGGCAACCUCAACACAGAAAUACACCCUUUUGUAAGAAGAUUAAAUAAAAAAAAAAAACCAAAGCAUCCAAGGUUAUAGAUGCAGCCAGCGCGGGUUGCUGCUGCUGUGUGGAUCAGAGAGAGAGAGGUGUUCUGUGCGCACAUCCAGAGGAGAAACCAGGGCGAAGAAGAAGAGGAGAGAAAAAGGACAAUGCUGUUUUAUAUCGCCUUUGAAAUGCUUCAUUAGGAGGAGGGAUGCCGCAUAGACUUUGACAAUAAUCACCGGUAGUGUCAGGGAUACAUUAUAUAUUGAUGCUUUUAUUCUAAGGAUUUUAUUCUAAGGAUUUUAUUCUAAGGAUUUUAUUCAAGGCUCUGAUUUCUGAAUAUCAUCAUCUCCUGGAUGUGAGCGUGUUAUGUUUUAUUUGUAAACCGCAUGAAUUCUCCCACCGGAUCCUCGUCGGUGUACUCUGCUGCUGCUGCUGUCCUCCUCCUCUUCCUCCUCUUCCUCCUCCUCCUCCUCCUCCUCCUGCUCCUCAGACGGCCGAUUCUCGCAGAGGGCACUACCCUCCUCCCUGCCUCUAAAGACAUUUUGAUCGUCCUCCCCGGUUCCCCCCACCCGGACUCCUCGACCAUCACUCCUCCUGCCUCCUCUUCCUCUUCCUCCACCACCACCACCACCACCUCCUCUUCUUCAGUACCAUGUCGGGACAGUCUUUGACGGACCGGAUCGCCGCCGCGCAGCACAGCAUGACCGGCUCUGCCAUCAGCAAAGCCGUCUGCAAGGCCACGACGCAUGAAGUCAGCGGACCCAAGAAGAAACACCUUGACUACCUGAUCCACUGCACCAAUGAGCUGAACGUCAGCAUCCCCCACCUGGCAGACACACUGCUGGAGCGCACAGCCAGCAACAGCUGGAUAGUGGUUUUCAAAGCGCUCAUCACCACACACCACCUCAUGAUGUACGGCAACGAGAGAUUGAUGCAGUACCUUGCCUCCAGAAACACGCUCUUCAACCUCAACAACUUUCUAGAUAAGGCUGCACUACAAGGGUAUAACAUGUCAACUUUCAUCAGACGCUACAGCCGCUACCUGAAUGAAAAAGCCAUGUCUUACAGACUAGCAGCAGUGGACUUCACCAAGAUGAAGAGAGGGGCCGACGGUGUGAUGCGCACCAUGAACACAGAAAAGCUGAUUAAGACUCUGCCCAUCAUUCAGAACCAGCUGGAUGCACUGCUGGAUUUCCAGCCCAACUCCAAUGAGCUAACCAAUGGAGUGAUCAACACAGCUUUCAUGUUGCUGUUUAAAGACUCCAUACGGUUGUUUGCUGCUUACAAUGAAGGUGUCAUCAACAUGCUGGAGAAAUACUUUGACAUGAAGAAGAACCAGUGCAAAGAGGCUUUGGAGAUCUACAAGACUUUCCUCAACAGGAUGACCAAACUGUCCGAGUUUCUCAAAGUCGCAGAGCGAGUUGGGAUAGAUCAGGGCGACAGCCCCGAUCUCACACAGGCUCCCAGCUCUCUCCUGGAGGCUCUGGAGCAGCAUCUAGCCUCUCUGGAGGGCAGGAAGCUCAAGGACCUCUCCACAGCCAGCAGAUCCAGCACCUUGUCCAGUGCAGUGUCCUCUCUCUCCAGCACUGGGAUCUCUCUCAGCCGUAUGGACGACAAGACAGAAGACAACAGACUGCAGCAACACAAGGAGGACGGUCAUAAAGUGAUCGACAUCCAGACACCCAAUGUGUCACCCAGCGCCCAGUCAGUGGGCAGUGCCAACAGCAGCGGAGGGGCCACAGAUCUCUUCUCCAACUCACCGAUCGUACCCGUCAGCAACCAUGUGCCAAACCUGACCAGUGAGCUGUUCACCCUGCAGCCUAACUACACCCCCAUCCAGACCACACACACUGUGCCCAACAAUAACAAUGCCUGGGGAGGUGACCUGCUAAAGCCAGCACCACCCGUUCAAAUUCACAGCCCUGGAGUCCAGUUGCACUCUGGGAAAAUGCUGCCCAAUGAUUUGGACUCUUCAUUAGCCAACCUCGUUGGUAACCUGCAGUUUGGCGGGACGCAAGCUAAAAAGCCAGAGCUCCAGUGGAGUCAGCUGGUAGAGAAGAAGCCAACUGGUGGCGGUUGGCAGUCAAAGACCAUGUGCACCAGCACCAACUGGACUCACACCACCCAUCCCAUGGCACCUGCACCCAUGCCCGUCCCUCAGAUGAAUGGGAUGAUCUAUACUGGCUAUGCUCCCGCACCAGUGGCUUUUCCUAUGACGUCACCCCAAGUGCCUGUGUAUGGAAUGUGUGUGCUCCCCACCUAUCACCAUCCAUUCUCCCACCUGUCCUCUGACCAGCUCCCUCCUCAGAUGAGUCAUCAGAUGGGGGGCGUUCAGAUGAUGCCCCCGCAGCCUGUCAUGUACAACCAGCCUGUCCUGAGACCCACCAAUCCCUUUGGACCCAUGCCGGGGACACAGAUGCACUUCAUGUAGGGAUGAUGUUGUAACCAUGGCAGCAAAGCCGAGAGAGAGAAGGCGAGAGGGAAAGAGAUGGAGAGAGAGAAAGAAAACAAAUCCAGAACCAAAUCCAGUGGCGGAGGAAGAAAGAGGAUGACAAGAGAGGGAAAAGGGAGGGGAGAGGAAGAAGGAGAGAGGACCAGAGGAUGGAUAAAAGAUGAAAUGCUGAUGUCUGUUUCCAUGUCGCCUCGCCCUCUAAUCUCCUCUCCUCUCUCCAUGUGGCUACUGAUCUCUCUGUCUUUGAAUGGGGCACCAGAGGCUCCGCAUCAAUCCCACUCAUCCUCUGUUUGAUUCGCCAAUUCAAACGGCGAUUAUGACCUGUGAUGACAGCUCUGUGGAAGUGCUCUACUGCCACUUCCCGGCCUCCUCAUCCCCGAUAAUUUCCUGUAUAAAAACUUGCCCACUUCAAACUCGGAGGACGCGCGUCUCUUUCUCUGAUUGGAUUGUUUGCUGGCACUUUACUCAAUGUGAACUUUGCCAAGGGUUGUAUGUCUGUGUAGGUGAUUUUAGCGUCUUGUUCAGAUUGGUUCCCCGGUUUGCGUGUCAUCCAUCACCUGAUGUCAGAAGUGAUCGAUUUGAAUGCGUGCGUUUUCCUUUUUCUACAUUUCAAUGUGCUGCAUCGACAUGAGUCUUUUUAUGAGCUCCAUUUGUUCUUAAUUGCCAACUUCAACAUCAAAACAUCCGGCGUGGAACGAUAAUUUGUGUGUGUGUGUGUGUGUGUGUGGAUGAACGUGGUAUGUGUUUCUCUUUUGGUACCUGAUGUCAUUAACUGUGUUGCCAGGUACCAAUGUGUUACUGCACUGGAACUAACUGAUGAAAGCACUGAGCCAGACCCAGGCAUCGCAUUUGGAUGUAAACAAACCUCUUACACUGACUUUGCUACUUGGGGUCGUGCUGUACACACUGUGUAUUUUUGUUCUUUUCUUUCCUCUACAGCUGUGCAAUAUCAUGCAAAUCUUCGUUUA